AAGGGCUAUUACACCGAACACAAAUAUCGUCACCUUCUAAAGAUGCUUUUGAUCAAGCCAUACUGAAACCGUGGAAAGCCCACCAUAGCUUUAAGAACAUUACUUUUGAAAAUCCCUUCUUCAGUAGCUUUGAGUAUAAUUGUAAUUCUUCUUUAAUUCUGUAGGUAAUUGAUCUAAAGCCAUGAUGACGAAAUGUACACGAAAUUUGCGGACUCGGCAAAAAGUGAUUCUGUUUCUUAGCGUGACCAUGUUUUCCAUUUAUUGGCUUUUCCAACGAGAUAAAGGAACAGAGGGCAAGCAUGUGACAGGAGAAAUGCCAAAUCCAGAAAUCUGGCGUUCGUUGUAUCCAUUUCAUGGCAAUGACGAUUUAAAUGGCGAACGAUUUUCACUUGGACAAAUGCCAACGUAUGAACAACGUAAAGAGGCAAGAUGCGGCCAUAACUGGCAGGAAAGUUACAAAAAACUUCACCAAGACAUUCUUCAGGCACGGCGCCCGCAAAGGUUUAUCGUGUUUACCUGCACAGAAGAAGGAUAUGGGUGUGGGGGUUAUGGAAAUAGACUGGGAGGAAUAACUUCACUUUUAUUUCUCUCUAUCUUGACGCAAAGAGCGUUUUUAAUAGAAUGGGACCAUGAAGCCCCGCUCGAACGUUACCUCGUCCCCAAAGGUGUUCAGUGGAACUAUCCUAUGGAGAAUUUAGAACAUUUUGAUACGAGGAUACAUUAUAUAGGGAAAAAAGAGCAUUUCAAGCAGAUACGAAACGAUGUUUUGAAGCCAUGGAAGACAAAACUAGAUUUUCAAACGUGGAUUCGGCACACUGACCUCUCAUCGUAUUUCAAGCACCCCGUCGAGAAAAUUGUCGGUAAUUGGAAUUUUGCGAACGCCUUACUGGAAAAGCCUUUACUUGAAAAUCACUUAGAUGAAUUGCGAAGAGGGACCAAUGACUCCUUGGUAGGAUGCGCUUUCGAUUUCCUUUUUCUCAAGUCUAAAGAACUAGAAACCAGGCUCCGCGCAGCUAGACUCUCGCUCGGUCUCACAAAUAAAGUUUUCAAAGUGGGCCUUCACAUAAGGAUGGGCGAUGUGUCCUUGCAGAGAGGUUCAAAAUCCAACAACCUUAACUACAGGGCCUUUUUCCACUGUGCACAAAAUCUACGCAAACAAAAGGGAUUUCAGAUGGGCAUCAAGUUAUUUCUGGCCACAGAUGAUAAGGAAGUGAAACAAUAUGCACUGAAGAACUAUGCUUCACAUGUGGUCACCCUGGAUAUAACCCCGCAUCACAUAACGUCACUCGCUGGAAGGAAGCGUAGAGACUCAGAGCCAGUGGAGGGUAUUUUCAAUGUCAUGUUGGACCAUUUUCUGUUAUCUGAGUGUGACUUCCUUAUUUUGUCACGGAGUACUUUUGGUCUCACGGCGGCCGAGUUGAAGUUCCAUCCCGCACAAACAGUUACGUUUGGAAAUAAGUGCGAGCAUGCACUCCACUGAUCAAAACGUAAAUUCUCAGUACUGAUGAGUUAACAUCUCUUUGUUGGUUAUCCUAUGAAUCCCUCCCUCUGCACAUGGUCACUAAUUUAUUUUAACCCUCUCACCCCUUUCGACUGACCAAAGAGGAAGUUCUCUUUCCAGUGUCCGCCCAUCAUUAGUAGAUCUAGAGUGACGAGAGGAGGGAAAAUAAUCAACUACGGGAUACGUCCGCAAGUAAGAAAAUAAUCUAAGGGAUACGUCCGCAAGUAUCAAUAAAAGACUUCAAGAAGAAGGUAUCGGUGUAUUAGCUUAAGAAUAGUCUGUUCCAGGCCCUCAGACAAUGACAGCGGUAGAAAGAAUGGUCGAAAGACAAACGGCAGAUGUAGUUAUCAAGGGAACGGCUAUGCACGUGACCUCAUCAUGUCUCAUACCCGCUAAUUCGCUCGUAUCUUCUGACGAGGGCCUGGUGAGGGGCGGGAAAUUGGCAAGAGAGUGGUACAAAAAGAAAAACAAUAAAAUUCACUUUAAUUGACUCUUCAUUCUUCUAACGAUCUUUUUACCUUUUUCAUUUCAAAUUUUAAAGUAUACCAUAUUUUCAUUCUUAAAAAUAAAUAAUCAGAGAAAGCUAGAAAAUGUCUGCACGUGAGGUUGUGAUAUCGGCCGAUUUCAAAUGGCCAUGUGAUACACAAAUAGGAUGUUUCUUUCAUUAAGAUAUAAAAUGCGAGCUAGAGAACACGAAAGGUCAAUGAGAACAAAGAAAUGAUACAUAUCUUUGGUCGAUGCUUUCACAUAACUUACUUCAAAAUAUCUUCUAAGUCUUCUUUAAAGAGAAGAAGACUUCGGAAAUGUAAAACUUUAAGAAGGUGUUAAAACAAUCAAACGUUUUUUAAUUACAAUAUAAAAACGUUUUUUCAGUGAUAAAAAAAUUAGAUUUAUGGGUAUUUUUCUUUCACACGAAAAUGUUUCUGAUAAGCUAACCC